UUGCUUUCUUUCUUGGCCGUUGUUGCAAGGAAUGGAAUUCUCUCUUCGCAUUUUGCUAUCCCCAAAUAGCAGAGGAGGAUGAUAACUUGGAGCAUAAUGAACCUAAAGGAUAUAUUUAUUGCCAUACAAAGUAAAAGGCUCCAAAACCAUAAAGCAUUGACCAUGCAUGCAUGAUGAAUACCAGCAGGCCACGGAAUGUGGAUAGCAAUAAUAUAUUUAUGGUAUUGCUAAGAGUAGAAAAAUGAAAGAAUAACGUUAUGUCAAGUAGUCUUGUUUUUACAUUAUAUAGUAUAAAAAAAAAUAGGAAAAAAAUAGUACACCAUGCAUUUACUACAAGUGAUUCGAAACAAACUUUCCCGCCAGAAUUCUGUUGCAUAAGGAGCGAAGUUAAUAGUUAACGAAGACAACAGACUAUACAGAACACCAACCAUUUAUCUUUAGCCAUCUGUCACCAUUUUCCAGCUUCAACAUCACCCACAUGUCAACUCAACCAAUUCCCCCCCCAACAGAUAACCGUUAUAUAAAAGACCACAUUUUGGCGCUCCUCUCUAACAGGCACCACAACUUCUCAUUCGCUGUUCUUUCUCAUCCCCUCUCUCUGAAACCAUUAAUUCAUCAAUGGCUGAACAAGAUAACACUCAAAUUGAUGGAGAGAUUCAGAAUCUUGUUAACAAACUGGAUAAGUGCAUUGCAAACAUUGAUGGAAAGAGGCAAGUUUUCGAUGAUGCAAUUGGGGAAAAGAUCCAAUCACUGAAAAAAGAUCGAGGUGAAGCCAGGGAACUGAGGUUGAGUCUUCAUCAAGAAUCUGGUGAUACAAGGAGCAAGAAGAUUGAUGUUGUGAAUCAAUGGCUGAAUCAGAAGGCACUGAUCAGUGGCGACCCAGAUUACUGUGAUUUAUCUGUGCUUAUUGUUGAUGAUGAUCGUGCUGUUCGAGACAGCAUUCGGAGAGCGAUGAUGUCAUAUGGGGCACAGAAGCAGUUUAUAAUAGAUGUUCAAGAGGCCAAGAAUGGAAGAGAAGCUGUUUAUCUUCAUCUUGGUGGAGCUUCUUUUGAUAUUAUUCUUAUGGACAGUCAAAUGCCCGUCAUGAAGGGACAUGAGGCAGUGAAGAAGUUGCGUCAGAUGGGUGUUAAGAGCCGGAUCAUCGGUGUCAGUUAUCAAUUUGAGAAACCAGCUUUCAGGGGCUCAAGCAUAAACAAGUGGAUUAAAAAGCCAUUGAACCUUGAAAAGAUCGCUGCUAUCUUUUGUUAACCCAACAAAAGGAGAGUUUCUAGGUCGCAUUGGUUUGUGUUAGCUUUUUUUCCAAGUUAGAUGCGUAGAUGAGCUCUAUGAAUAAAGUUUCUGACUAGCAAGAUGAAUUGGGAAGUGUUGUAUUGCUUAACUGUAUUGGUUUUCAUUGAUCUGGUGUCAGUAUAUUUGUUUUCACUGAUCUGAUAGAAACUCAGAUUUAGUUAGUGCGGAGAUGACUCCAAUGUAUACAGAAUUUGAGUUUUGUUUCUGCAGCAAUUCAUAUUCCUUAUAAGCAUUUAAAUAGGAAGAUAAAUGAACUUUGGAACUGAA